UACGAAUUACUUGAUGGUGAACAAAUUGAACUGAUAGCUGAGUGCUUCCUGACGAUAUUCCAACAAGAGUUCUUCUCGCGAAAACCACUCACAGACGAUUUCACUCCAACGCCUGAAACAUUCGAUCAGAUAUUCAAUGAUCCAAUCUAUGUGAUAUUCCGAAGUUUUUGUUUACUGCCAGAUGAGGAUGCAGUACGGCAGCCGAUGUUGUCGUUGAUUAGUGAAAUGAGAGAAAGGUUACGUUUCUUCGUCUCUCAAAUUUAUCUCGCCUAUUUGAUUGGGCCAGUUCUUCAAUAA